AUGAGGCACACAAGGGAGCGGUUUGCUACGGAGCACUGGCUGGGCGAUGAGCAACUUGCAGAAGCCCUUUUUCUAGUCUUCUGGAUAAGAGAAUCCAGGAGCAAUUUCAGAAUUGCUGCUUUUGGAGAAAUUUCAUGGGCUGGAUCAAAGAAAAAAGCCUCUGCUGAUGGGCCUCAAGACCAGACGAACUGCGAUGUCCAUGGGCCAAAACCUCGAAAGCUCAACCAUGACAAGGCAUUUGAAGUGUUUGAUCGUUCAAUGGUUUCCCUUGGCCCUGAAAAAGGACUAGUUGGUUUGGAAAUUGAGAGGCUAAACAAGCAGCUGAAACUGCAACAGCCAGUGCCAACUGCCCACUCACCCAACCAAAAACCAUGA